AUGCCUCCCAGGCUCCAAAUACUCCCUCUGCAUCUUCGCAGCUCUCUUCCCCGACCCUCAACGAUACCGCAACCAUCCCAAUUGCUGCUCUCCGUUCAGUCCCAAACCCGCAAUGCACACAUCUUAGCUUCCCUCUCCGAUAACCCGGGGGCCUACAACAAGCGCAUCCGACGAGGUCGCGGCCCUGCCUCGGGCAAGGGUAAGACUUCUGGAAGAGGUCAUAAGGGUCAAGGGCAGCACGGAAAGGUUCCGGCGGGCUUCAACGGCGGGCAGACGCCUGAUAUUGUGGUGCAUGGGGAGAGGGGAUUCAAGAAUAUUUUCUCCCUCGAUCUCGCCCCCGCCAACCUCGACCGCAUCCAGGAAUGGAUUGACCAGGGUCGCAUCGACCCCACAAAACCAAUCACCGUCCGCGAACUCGCAAAGUCUCGGUGCAUCCAUAACCCCAAAGACGGCGUGAAACUGCUUGCCCGCGGCGUCAACGCUCCCACCACUACAGAUAUCACAACUCCUGCCUCAAAUAUCGCGGAAGCAGAAUCACCGUCCGACUCGCUGGAAGAAGGAACCACAACCGCACCCGCUUCCAACAUUCUCAAACAGCCCAUCCACCUCGUUGUCUCGCGCGCUUCAGCCGCCGCCAUCGCGGCCGUCGAAGCAGCCGGCGGCUCCGUCACAACACGCUUCUACACCAAGGCCUCCAUCUCCCGGAUCAUGAAGCGCGAGACUCACCCCUUCGUUUCUGCAUCCUGGGUUGCGGAAAGCGGAAAUCCAGCACUCCACGCUGCUGCCGGCUUAGAUUUCUCAGCAAACACCGCUGCGUCCGGGAACGCAUUUACGCAAGAGGCCAAGAUCAUGGCCGCUAAGGGAUACAAGUACCGUCUGCCGGAUCCGACCAACCGUAAAGAUAUUGAGUACUACCGUGAUCCCGCGCACAGGGGUUACUUGAGUCAUUUGCUCAAACCGCUCGAGGGACCGAGUUUGUUCUUCCGGUCGCCGGUGGAGAGGAAGACCGCGUCUGGCCCCAAGAAGGAGAAGGUUCUGCCGGAGAACAGACUUUGGUAG